AAUCAUCUUUCUUUUGUCCACUCAUAUCUUAUCUCCACUCAUCUUAUUUACAUACACUCAUAGCAUACAGAUCAAUUACUCUCAUUCCAAUUUCCAGCCUAUCUCUUCACUGUUAGUUAACAAUGGCCGAAAGUGCUGCUUCUGCCCUCCUCAAUGUCAUUUUUCAGAAGCUAACCGACGACGCCUUCAAGAAAUAUGCUCGCUCUCAGAAUAUUCACUCGGAGCUCAAGGAAUUGGGGAUCACAUUGUCCCAGAUCCAAGCUCUGCUUAAUGAUGCUUCUCACAAGGAAACAACUUAUGAAUCUGUCAGAUUAUGGCUGAAUAGUCUCCAACAUUUGGCUUAUGAUAUCGAUGACGUACUAGAUGAUGUGGCUACCGAAGCUAUGCAUCGUGAGCUGACCCAGGAAUCAGAAGCAAGCACCAGCAUGGUAAGAAAGCUCAUCCCAACUUGCUGCACAAAGUUCUCACUAAGUCAUAGGUUGAGUCCCAAGUUAUAUAGUAUUACCACCCAGUUACAACAUCUAGAAAAACAAAAGUCUGAUUUGGGUUUAGUUGUGAAAGAUGAAAAGCGGAAAAGCACAAGUAGAAGAAACGAAACAUCUUUGCUAGAAUCUGAUGUUGUUGGACGAGAGGCUGAGAGAGAGAUGUUGAUCAAGAAGUUGUUACAAGAUGAGCCAUCUAAAGAAAAUUUUAUUAUCGUACCCAUAGUUGGUUUGGGUGGGGUGGGCAAGACCACUCUGGCUAGAAUAUUGUACAACGAUACACGCGUGAAGGAUCACUUUCAACUCAUGGCAUGGGUUUGUGUAUCUGAUGAGUUUGAUAUAUUUAAAAUAAGUGAAACCAUCUUUCACUCAAUGGCAACAGAAUACAAACAGUUUAAAGAUAUAAAUCAGCUUCAGAUUGCUCUUAGAGAGCAACUAAAGGACAAAAGUUUUUUAUUAGUACUCGAUGAUGUGUGGAAUCAAAACUAUGAUGAUUGGGAAAACCUAGUACGCCCGCUUUAUUCAGGGGCUCAUGGAAGUAGGGUAAUCAUGACAACUCGCCAGCAGCAACUGCUUAAAAAGCUAGGUUUUAAUCAUCUAAACCAUCUCGAGAGUUUGUCGCAUGAAGAUGCUUUGUCUGUAUUCGCUCUACAUGCAUUGGGUGUAGAUAACUUUGACUCAUAUGCAACACUUAAACCACAAGCUGAAGGUAUUGUAAAAAAAUGUGGUGGUUUGCCUUUAGCUUUAAAGGCAAUUGGAAGGUUACUAAGGACAAAAACCGAAGGAGAAGAAUGGGAUGACGUGCUGAACAGUGAAAUAUGGAAUUUAGAAAAUGCUGAUGAAAUUGUUCCGGCCCUUAGGCUCAGCUACCAUGAUCUUUCUGCUGAUUUGAAGCGCUUGUUUGCAUACUGCUCUUUGUUCCCAAAGGACUUUAUGUUUGACAAGGAGGAGUUGAUAUUAUUAUGGAUAGCUGAAGGGUUUCUAAACGAGUCAACUGCAAACAAGUCACUAGAACGCCUGGGCCAUGAAUAUUUUGAGAAAUUGCUAUCAAGGUCCUUUUUUCAACCCGCACCAAAUGGUGAAUCUUUUUUUGUGAUGCAUGAUCUCAUGAACGACUUGGCCACAUUUGUUGCUGCAGAAUAUUUUUUAAGGUUUGACCAUCAGAUAGACAUAGUGGAGCAAGCUUCAGCCAAGUAUCGACAUAUGUCAUUUAUUCGCGAGGACUAUGUAGCUUUCCAGAAGUUUGAGGCAUUUCAAAGAGCAAGAAGUUUGAGAACACUAUUAGCUGUAUUUGUUGGGGUAGAACAAAGCUGGAAGGAGUUUUAUAUAUCCAAUAAAAUUUUGGUUGACUUACUUCCUCAGUUACCACUGUUAAGGGUUCUUUCUUUGAGGCGUUUUAACAUAAGUGAAGUACCAGAUUCCAUUUGUAGUUUGAAACACUUACGGUAUCUUAAUUUGUCUGAAACAAGAAUCUCAAAAUUACCAGAGAAUGUUGGUAAUCUUUAUAAUUUACAAACAUUGAUAGUUUUUGGUUGCGAUGGCUUGACUACGUUGCCUAAAAGCUUCUUAAACCUAAAAAAGUUAAGGCAUUUUGACAUCAGAAACACUCCGUUUUUAGAGAAGCUACCCUUGGGGAUUGGUGAGUUAAGAAACCUUCAAACUCUCACCAAGAUUAUCGUUGGAGGAAAUGGUGACUUUGCAAUAACCGAGCUUAAGGGAUUAAAGGAUCUCCAUGGGGAAAUUUCCAUCGAGGGGUUGAACAAAGUGCAAAGCUCCAUGCAUGCACGAGAGGCAAACUUAUCUUUAAAAGGGAUUAAUAAGUUGGAGUUGAAAUGGGAUGAUGGUUCCGGAAGGGAAACACUUGAGAAGGAGGUUCUGAAUGAGUUAAAGCCCCAUGUUGGUAAGUUGAAAAUGCUUGCAGUUGAGUGCUAUAAGGGAAUGGAGUUUCCAAAUUGGGUUGGGGAUCCGUCUUUUCAUCAAUUGGUUCAUGUGUCGCUACGCGGUUGUCGAAAAUGUACAUCUCUACCGCCACUUGGGCAGCUACCUUCGCUUAAGGAGUUGUUGAUUGAAGACCUGGAUGAGGUUAAAGUCAUAGGUUUGGAGUUACCUCGGACUACUGAUGUUACCUUCCCUUCACUUGAAAUUCUAAGGUUUAAAGCUAUGUCGAGUUGGGAGGUAUGGUCAACCAAUAGCGAGGUAAUGUUUCCAUGCCUUCGAGAGCUUCAAAUAAAAAAAUGUCCCAAUUUGAUUGACGUCUCACUUGAAGCAUUACCUUCAUUAAGAGUUUUAAUAAUAGAUGGAUGUUGUGAAAGUGUGUUAAGAAGUCUCGUUCAAGCAGCUUCAUCAACCACUAAAUUGGAAAUAAGAUCGAUUUUAGGACUUACGGAUGCGGUGUGGAGAGGUGUUGUAGAAAAUUUUGGGGCACUAGAAGAACUAAGCAUACAAAGUUGUCAUGAAAUAAGAUACAUGUGGGAAUCAGAUGCAGAGGCAAGUAAAAUUCUAGUAAAUUUAAAGGAAUUGAAGGUAUAUAAAUGUAAAAGUUUGGUGAGUUUAGGAGAGAAAGAGGAGGAUGCGGACAACAUUGGGAGCAAGAGCAACCCCCUUUCGUCUCUUAGGGUGUUGGAUAUACAGUCAUGUGAGAGUAUGGAGCGUUUGUGUUGUCCAAAUAGCAUUGAGAGGUUAAACAUCAGUUGGUGUAGUUCAGUUAGACAUGUGUCCUUCCCAAGAGCAACAGCAACAGGUGGAGGAGGGCAGAAUCUCAAGUCACUUACUAUAAUGGCUCAUCACGUGCACAUGGAAACAAUCAACAACACAAGCAUGCCAAUGCUUAAAGUUAUAUACAUAAAUGGCUGGCAAAAUUUGAAAUCAAUAACUCAGCUGAGUAAUUCCACUCAUCUCACUUCUUUGACCAUACACAACUGUCAAAGCAUGGAAUCAUUUUCUGAUCUUCAGCUAUUAAAUCUCACCUCGUUGUAUAUAACAAGCUGUGAAAGCAUAGAGUCACUUUCUAACCUCCAGCUGCCAAAUCUCACACAUCUAAACAUAGCAGGUUGCAAAAACAUCAAGGCAUUUCGUGACCUGCAGCUACCAAAUCUAAUCAGUUGGAGGAUAGAAGAUUGUGAAAAUCUGGAGUCAUUUCCUGACCACCAGCUAUCAAAUCUCGCCAUGUUAAAAGAUCUAACAAUCAGAAAGUGUCCAAUGAUUGAUGCUUCGUUUCCUCGUGGGCUUUGGCCUCCCAAAUUGGUUACCCUUAAAGUAGGGGAGUUGAAAAAGCCUAUCUCAGAAUGGGGCUAUCAGAAUUUUCCAGCUUCCCUCAUUGACCUAUGGUUAUAUAAUGAACCCCGUGUGAGGAAUUUUAGUCAAUUGUCUGACCUUUUCCCUUCUUCUCUUACUCGACUUUGCAUACAAGAAUUUGAUAAACUGGAAUCAGUUUCAACGGGACUCCAACACCUUACAUCCCUUCAACAUCUCGUCAUUUGGACAUGCCCUAAGAUGAUGCAUCUACCAGAGACAUUGUUACCUUCCCUUUUGAGUUUGAGAAUAUAUGAUAGCCAUAAAUUGAACCAAAGGUGUAAUGGAAAAGACUCCCACUAUUGGCCCCUCAUCUCUCAUAUCCCCUACAUCGACAUAGAAGACUAGAGGUUAAGCAGGGGCUUGGAGGGCGAGUGCACAUUAUUCUAUCUGGUGGUGCUCCACUAGCUCCACAUGUAGAAGCUUACCUGAAAGUAGUCACAUGCUCACAUGUCCUUCAAGGAUAUGGCCUGACAGAAACCUGUGGUGGAUCAUUUGUCUCGAUGCCAAACGAAAUGGAUAUGUUGGGUACAGUGGGCCCACCGAUCCCAAAUUUGGAUGCCCGUUUGGUGUCUGUUCCCGAGAUGAAUUAUGAUGCACUUUCAAGCAAACCGCAAGGGAAAGUAUGUAUACGAGGGGACGUUCUAUUUUCAGGUUACCACAAGCGUGAGGAUCUUACAAAAGAAGUUUUAGUCGAUGAUUGGUUCCAUACAGGCGAUAUUGGUGAGUGGCAACCAGACGGUAGCAUGAAAAUUAUUGACCGCAAGAAAAACAUUUUCAAGCUCUCUCAAGGAGAAUAUGUGGCUGUUGAAUAUCUAGAGAAUGUUUAUGGACUUGUUCCCGACAUUGAUGCGGUGUGGAUAUAUGGGAACAGCUUUGAGUCUUGUCUUGUUGGUGUUGUGAACCCGUAUAAACCAGCGAUAGAACAUUAUGCAGGAACUCAUAAUAUUUCUGGGGAUUUUGAUUCCUUAUGUGAAAACCCCAAGAUUAAAGAAUACAUACUGGGAGAGCUCAAUAGAAUAGGAAAAGAGAAAAAGGUUAUUUUUCUUUUUCUUUUAA